AUGACCAACAGCAGCAACAAAGGACCGAUAGGACUUCCCCUCAGGCGUGGUCAUCAUGGUCGCGUUGCGCUUGCCAUGUCUGCAAUUGAAGAAGAACGUCAAAGCGUUUUGAAUGCGUCACAAGCGGUCCCCACUGCAACCACUCCGUCGUCGAGUUCGUGCGAUACGGUCCCGAUAACGACUUCGUCAAGCUCUGAUUCAAGCCUGGAUCACUCACGACCUGAUCAUUUACUUCAACGAACGCCAGUCACUGCCAAGGCAAAUGAGUCUCAAUCAAAGUCAUUGCGUUCUGUGACUGGAGUUGAGGAACGUGGGGCUAUGAACCCUUCCCAAGCGACUAUAAAACAAGUAUUGAGAACACAAAGUUUCUUCCAUGAACCUAUAAUCAGUAUUGUUAACGAACCAAAGUGCGUCAGGUCAAACGUAUUAAAGUCUUGUUCCGUACGAGCACGCGCAGUUCCUUGCUUUGAUGAUUCAUGGAAUACUACUACGACUACGACAACUACUGGUACUACGAGGAAGAUGCCGACGACAAAGGCGCUUUCAGUACGAUCGCGCCCUGUGUCAUGCUUUGAUGAUUCUCUCUUGGACGAGAAUACCAAGGAGGCAUCGAAACAACAGAAAGCUAUAAAGACGACCAUGUCACUUCGAUCACGACAUGCGUCGUGCUUUGAAGACUUGCUUGCGUCCGAUCCUACUUCACUGGAAAAGGAAGGGUGUAAAUCUCGCGUGGUGUGUACACGACCUGCUUCAAACCCUGCCAAACUGAUUUCUCAAGCAAAUUCAUCUGCAUUGUCACCUUCAUCGUCCGAAGAACAAUCGACUGAUGCCGAGAGAUCAGCCCGACGACGGGAAAAGACCCCAACAGUGGGGAAGGGCAAAGCAAAGCGUUCGAAAUCGUUAGCAAAGCGGAAAAUUGGUCAUUCCCGGUCCCCUUCGGACAAUGACGAUACUCUUGCACACGGGCACGCGUUAUUUGACAAGGGUCACGAUAGAAAGGCUAUCAGAAGUCUGAGUGAUAAUGAAAUCUCGACAUGCUCGUCUGACAUGAAGGUGACGUCGUCGUUGAUGAAACAGAGCAAGUCAUUCUCACGUCUUCGUCAAUACGAAGGCAAGUUCAAGAACCGACGAGGCCAGUCACUCUUAUACUUCUCGAUGUUCCCUCCAGAAAAGUUGGCAAUGCGUGGAAUUGUGCUUCACUUGCAUGGCAUGGGUGACCACUGCCGACGAAAUACGGCUCUUUACGAACGGCAUUGCAAAGAAGGUUUUGGUGUCAUUACUUACGAUCUGCUGAAUCACGGAGAAAGCGAGUACGACAAGUACAAAAUACGCGCACACGUCACCAACUUUGAUGAUUUCGUUGAAGACACGAACGACUUUAUCACGUUUGCAAAGAGCAAUAUCUACAAGGUCGCUCUUCGGUAUUGGCGAAAGCACCAUCACCCUCGUCACCCUCAUGGAAGAGAGAAAAAGCGCCAAAAUGCACCAGAACUACCGUUGAUUAUUUCUGGAGCUUCGUUUGGGUCUCUUGUUGGUCUGCACACAGUUCUGUCAGGUGAGCACAAGUUCCACGCUGCGGUCUGGGCUUCGCCUACAAUUGGCGUAACGUGGGCACCAAUGCUGCGGAUUCAAUGGAAAUUUGCUCGUCCGCUAGUCGCAGCACUUCCAACAGCAAAAGUUAUCCCUGCCAUUCAGCAUAAUUUUCGAUCACGAGACCCCAACUUUUUGAAAAAGUAUCAAGACGAUCCUCUGACUAGCAGUGAUAUGAUAACCCCGUGUAGCGGGUACCAAUCCCUUCAUGCCAUGAUACGGCUUCAAGAAGAAAAGAAAAUUUCCGAUUCAGAUAGCCCGUUUUGUGGAAUCCCAAUGCUGUUUCUCGCUGGAUCAGAAGACCGCAUUUCUGACCAGCAGGCAGCGAUUAAGUUUUACACUCGGAUGGAAAGCCUGGACAAGGAAUUCAAGCUGUUUGACGGUCUCUAUCACAUGAUCUAUGAGGAACCCGAGAAAGAGGAUGUUCUGAAGUAUCUUGUGAACUGGUUACACAAGAGAUUUCCACUUGAGACUCGACACUCGACCAAUUCUCACGUGACAUAA